UGUUUCAAAAUUGUAACUUUAGAAAUGAGUAUAGCAAAACUUCCAACUCUUAGUCAAACUGUUCCUGCUUAUGACUAUUUAUUUGAAACUAUCAAAGAAUUUCAAAUAAAAAAUAAUCUUUCUUCUGGUAUCAAUGAGGCUACCAAUUUUGCUUUACAAAAAUUAGAGGAUUAUUAUUCAACUUCUGAUGGACUUAAAUAUAAACCCAUUGGCAACAAAGAAACAGAUGAAUCCUCACCUAAACUUAAUGCUUUAUCUACUCAUAUUUUUAAAAAAAGAAAAAUUGUACAAACAGAUGAAUUGAAUUCAUAUUUAAAAGAACCUCCAUCAAAUUAUGAUGUAGAUAUUUUAACAUAUUGGAAGCUUCAUCAGUCAGAAUAUCCUAAUCUUGCAAAAAUGGCCUAUGAUUUUUGA